GGUUCAAGCGGUAUAGGAGUCGAUAUAUUUAGACACCUCCAACCGAGUAAUUAAUUUUUACAGUUAACAACAAACCGGAGAACAUAAAAUCGCGUGUUUACUAGUUGAAAAUUAGGUAAAACCGACACCGGACGUGGUUCUAAUAAAACCCGGAAUGUUGUAUAGCAUUUAAAACUGGUGUUUUUAUACGGAAAAUUACGAAAUCAUGUCGUUGUAUUACGAGGACGAAUUGGAUCGGCUCAGCGAUGCUGACCAAAACACGCAGUAUGAAGAAGACUAUGGCCCGGUGAAGAACCGAUCAUGCACGGACGUCAUUUGUCUUUUGCUUUUUGUGGCUUUCGUUGGCGGAUGGGUUGUGAUUGGUGUUUGGGCUAUUUCGCACGGCGACCCAAACAAACUGUUAAACCCAAGAGACUCUAACGGCCUACGGUGCGGCAUAGAUCCAGGCGUGGAAAAUCUACCGAACUUGUUCUUCUUCGAUUUAACCAAAUGCCUGGACAUCACCACUUUGGCUAUGGGAUGCCAGACCACCCAGGUGUGCGUGGAAACCUGUCCGAGCACGCCUUACAUCUACGGGUCAUCCCAGGACGAUUCAGUUGCGUUACCGUACUGCGAGUACGAUCACCGGCUUACCACUUACAACUCCUCGCACUGCCCGCGGUGGUUCUUGCCCAGCACCCCUUUGUUAAAUAGGUGCAUAUACAACGUGGCGGAUAGGAAACGCUCCCGAUGGAAAAUAGCUUCGAUAGAAGCGGACGAGAUAAGCGUUAUGAAGGAGUAUUUGAAACCGGCGCAUUUGUGGAUCAGCUUGACAGUUCAUAAUGCCCUAUCGGUUGUUACUGAUGAUCGGGACGUACAUAAGAUGGCCCAGAAGGCAAUACAAGACAUCAUCAACUCUUGGUGGAAGAUCUUAGUCGGGUCCGUACUGGCCUUACUAAUAUCAAUUAUUUACAUUUUGAUGCUUAGAUGGGUGGCGGGCAUAAUGGUAUGGAUAUCAAUCGCUGGCGUAUUAGCUGCUUUUUCCGCAGCAUCUUAUUUCUCGUAUCGCGAGUGGCAAGAUUGGAAAUCGACGUACGAAACUAUAGGAGAUUCGGCUUCAAAGACGAGACGCGAUUUAUAUUUGGGGAUAUUUAUCGUCGUGGUGAUCGCCCUGGCGAUUAUUUUACUAAUGCUGAUUUUCCUUAGGAAACGAAUCGUAUUGGCCAUUGCCCUUAUUAAAGAAGGAAGCAAAGCAGUGGGUUCAGUUACCUCGGUCCUAUUUUUCCCAAUAUUCCCAUGGAUUCUUCAGAUAGGAGUUAUCGCGUACACCGUGUGCGUGGGAUUAUAUUUGGCCACCACCGGAGAGCCUUUAUAUCGAUACAGCAAUUUAAGCGAGGCUUGCCGAAGCGAGAGUGGCUGGACGGUUGAAACCGAGUGUAAUCCGAACACUAUAAACGACAGUAAAAAAGCUUAUUCCAAUUGUGCCGAUGCCACCUGCAAGUUCUCCAAAAUCGCCAACGAGGCUUUCUACCCUUACUUACAGGGUUGGAACGUCUUCGGGUUGUUCUGGCUCGCCUUCUUCGUAUCCGCCUUGGGCCAGAUGGUUUUGGCCCAAGUGUUCGCCCAAUGGUACUGGACAAGAAGGAAACAAAACUUACCAUUUUUUGCAUUAACCGCUGCCGUUUACCGCACAAUUAGGUACCACUUGGGUACGUUGGCUUUCGGGUCGCUUAUUAUAGCGAUCUGCCGGAUUAUACGGGUGUGCCUCGAAUAUCUGGACCAGAAGUUGAAAAAGUACGACAAUCAGUUCACCAAAGCCGUCAUGUGCCUCCUGAAAUGUUUCUUCUGGUGUCUGGAGAAGUUCCUGAAGUUCAUCAACAAGAACGCUUACAUCAUGUGCGCUAUUCAUGGCAAGAACUUCUGCACGAGCGCGAAAGACGCCUUUAUGCUUCUUAUGGGGAACAUUAUUAGAGUCGUAGUACUCGACAAGAUCACGGACUUCCUCUUCUUCCUAAGUAAACUGGUGAUAACUGCGGGGGUGGGGGCCAUCGCCUACGUAUGCUUCGCCACCGACUUAGUUAUGGACAACUCGAAAUUAACUUACGGCCUUUCCCCCGUAAUAAUGCUCAUGAUUAUCGCCUACUUGAUCGCGACGUUAUUCUUCAGUGUCUACAGCAUGGCCGUGGACACUCUGUUCUUAUGCUUCUUGGAGGAUUCUGAAAAGAACGAUGGAAAGAGUAGGCCCUACUACAUGUCCAGGAACCUCAUGAAGAUCUUUGGCAAGAAGAAUGUUAAAUAUGAUUAAUGUUUUUUUAAAGUGUAUUAUAUAUAUAUAUAUAUAUAUUUAUUUUAAUUGUGUUCAUUUAUAAGUACUUUAUAAAUGUAUCUUCUUUUCUUGAAGGCA